AUGCGGGAGGCGAAGUUGGAGUCCGACGUCAUAAGUUACAGCACCGGGAUCAGCGCGUGUGAGAAAGGCGAGCAGUGGCAUUUGGCCCUCUUGCUGCUGAGCCAGAUGCGGGAGGCGAAGCUGCAGCCCGACGUCUUCAGCUACAGCGCCGGGAUCAGCGCCUAUGAGAAAGGCGGGUGGUGGCAACGUGCCCUGUGGCUACUUAGCGAGAUGUGGGAGGAAACGUUGGAGCCCGACGUCAUCCUUUGCUACAGCGCUGGAAUGAGCGCCUGCGUGAAGAGCGAAACUUGGCCGCUGGCCCUGUCAUUGCUCAGCGAGAUGCGGAAAGUGAUGUUGGAGCCCGAUGGCAUAAGCUACACCGCAGGGAUAAACGCGCACGCGAAGGGCAAGCGGUGGCAGUGGGCCCUGUCGCUGCUCAGCGAGAUGUGGGAGGCGAUGCUAGAGCCUGAAGCCAAUAGCUGCAGCGCUGGGAUGAGCGCGUGCGUGAAGGGCGAGCAGUGGCAGCGGGCCCUGUUCCUGCUCACCGGUUCGUGGGAGGCGAUGUUGGAACCCGAAGUCUCACUUAUAGCGCGGGGAUCAGCGCGUGCGGGAAGGCCAGGCAGUGGCAGCUUGCCCUGUCGCUGUUCAGCGAGAUGCGGGAGGCGACGGUGGAGCCCAACGCCAUAA